CCGGCGCAGCGGCACGCGUCCCCCGGCCCGUCGGGGCUGCAGGGCUGGCGCUGACGGCCGCGUUCUCCCGCUCCCUCUCUCCCCUCAGAAAGCGGCCGAGAAGCUGAAGGAGGAGGAGCGGCGGCGGCUGGCGGAGGUGGAGGCGCAGCUGGAGGCGCAGCGGCAGCGGGCUGAGGCGCACGCGCAGGCCAAGGCGCAGGCGGAGGCGGAGGCGCGGGAGCUGCAGCGGCGCAUGCAGGAGGAGGCGACGCGGCGCGAGGCGGUGGCGGCGGACGCGGAGCAGCAGAAGCAGAACAUCGAGCAGGAGCUGCGGGAGCUGCGGCGCAGCUCGGAGCGGCAGAUCGAGAGCAAGGCCAAGCUGGUGGAGGAGGCGGAGCAGAGCCGCGUCCGCGUGGAGGAGGAGAUCCGGCUGAUCCGCCUGCAGCUGGACGGCACCGAGCGGCAGCGCGCGGGCGCCGAGGCCGAGCUGGCGGAGCUGCGGGCGCGCGCCGAGGAGGCGGAGCGGCAGAAGCGCGCGGCGCAGGAGGAGGCGGAGCGGCUGCGGCGGCAGGUGAAGGACGAGAGCCAGAAGAAGCGGCAGGCCGAGGAGGAGCUGCGGCGCAAGGUGGAGGCGGAGCGCGAGGCGGCGCGGGAGAAGCAGGCGGCCAUGGCCGACCUGGAGGCGCUGCGGCUGCGGGCCGAGGAGGCGGAGCGGCGGCGGCGGAAGGCGGAGGAGGAGAAGGAGAGGCAGAUCCGCGUGGCGGAGGAGGCGGCGCAGCGCAGCGCCGAGGCCGAGCUGCAGAGCAAGCGGCUGUCGCUGGCCGAGAAGGCGGAGCGGCUGGAGCAGUCGCUGCGCGAGGAGCACACGGCCGUGGAGCAGCUGCAGGAGGAGGCGGAGCGGCGGCGGCGGCUGCAGGCGGAGGCGGAGGCGGCGCGCGAGGAGGCGGAGCGGGAGGCGGAGCGCUGGCGCCUGAAGGCCAACGAGGCGCUGCGGCUGCGGCUGCAGGCGGAGGAGGUGGCGCAGCAGAAGGCACUGGCGCAGGAGGAGGCCGAGAGGCAGAAGGAGGACGCGGAGCGCGAGGCCCGCAAGCGCGCCAACGCCGAGCGCGCGGCGCUGCGGCAGAAGGAGGCGGCCGAGGAGGAGCUGGAGAAGCAGCGCGCCCUGGCCGAGGGCACGGCGCAGCAGCGGCUGGCGGCCGAGCAGGAGCUGAUCCGGCUGAAGGCGCAGCUGGAGAACGGCGAGCAGCAGCGGCUGCUGCUGGAGGAGGAGCUGUGCCGGCUGAAGGACGCGGCCGGCGAGGCGGCGCGGCGGCGCGCGGAGCUGGAGGAGGAGCUGGCCAAGCUGCGCGCCGAGGUGGAGGUGCUGCUGGAGAGCAAGGCGCGCGCCGAGGAGGAGUCGCGCAGCUGCAGCGAGAAGUCCAAGCAGCGGCUGGAGGCGGAGGCGGAGCGGCUGCGCGAGCUGGCCGAGGAGGCGGCGCGGCUGCGGGCGCAGUCGGAGGAGGCGAAGCGGCAGCGGCUGCUGGCCGAGGAGGAGGCGGCGCGGCAGCGCGGCGAGGCGGAGCGCAUCCUGAAGGAGAAGCUGUCGGCCGUGGCCGAGGCGUCGCGGCUGAAGGCGGAGGCCGAGAUGGCGCUGACCGAGAAGGAGGCGGAGAACGAGCGGCUGCGGCGGCUGGCCGAGGACGAGGCGUUCCAGCGGCGGCUGCUGGAGGAGCAGGCGGCGCAGCACAAGCAGGACGUGGAGGAGCGCAUCGCGCAGCUGAAGCGCUCGUCCGAGAGCGAGCUGGAGCGGCAGCGCGCGCUGCUGGAGGACACGCUGCGCCAGCGGCGCCAGGUGGAGGAGGAGAUCCUGGCCCUGAAGGGCGGCUUCGAGCGCGCCGCCGCCGGCAAGGCCGAGCUGGAGCGCGAGCUGGGCCGCAUCCGCGCCGAGGCCGAGGAGGCGCAGCGCAGCCGGGAGCGCGCCGAGCGCGAGGCCGAGCGGCAGCGGGCGGCGGCGGCCGAGGAGGAGGGCCGGCGGCGCGAGGCCGAGGAGCGGGCGCUGGCCAUGGCGGCAGCCGAGGAGGAGGCGGCGCGGCAGCGGCGGGCGGCGCUGGAGGAGGUGGAGCGGCUGAAGGCGACGGUGGAGGAGGCGCGGCGGCAGAAGGAGGCGGCGGAGCGCGAGGCCGAGCGGCAGGUGCAGCUGGCGCGGGAGGCGGCGCAGAAGCGCGUGGCGGCCGAGGAGAAGGCGCGGCUGGCGGCCGUGCGCGAGAAGGAGCGCGAGCUGCAGGAGAUGCAGCGGCAGGAGCAGAGCGCGCUGGAGCGGCUGCGGCUGGAGGCGGAGGGCGCGCGGCGGGCGGCCGAGGAGGCGGAGGCGGCGCGCGGCGGGGCCGAGGAGGACGCGCGGCUGUCGCGGCAGCGCGUGGAGGAGGCGGAGCGGCAGAAGCGGCGCGCCGAGGAGGAGGCGCAGGCGCAGGCGCGGGCGCAGGCGGAGGCGGAGGCGCUGCGGGUGGAGGCGGAGCGGGAGGCGGAGCGGCGGGCGCAGGCGGAGCGGGCGGCGCUGCGGCAGAAGGAGCUGGCGGACGCCGAGAUGGAGAAGCACAAGCGGUUCGCGGAGCAGACGCUGCGGCAGAAGGCGCAGGUGGAGCAGGAGCUGGGCCGGCUGCGGCUGCAGCUGGACGAGAGCGCGCAGCAGAAGGGCGUGCUGGACGAGGAGCUGCGGCGGCUGAAGGAGGAGGCGGCGGAGGCGGCGCGGCAGCGGGCGCGGGCGGAGGAGGAGCUGCUGCGGCUGCGGGUGCAGCUGGAGGAGCUGGCGCGGCUGAAGGGGCUGGCGGAGGAGGAGAACAAGGCGCUGGCGCUGCGCGGCGAGGAGGAGGCGCGCAAGGCGCUGGCCGAGGAGGCGGAGCGGCUGCGGCGCGUGGCCGAGGAGGCGGCGCGGCUCGGCGUGGAGGCGCAGGAGGCGGCGCGGCUGCGGCAGCUGGCCGAGGACGACCUGGCGCAGCAGCGCGCGCUGGCCGAGCGCGUCCUGCGGGAGAAG